AUGAAAUUCCAUGAUGAUUACCUUCUAAUAUGGAAUAGAAUCGAUGAAAUUUCAGAAAUUGAUUAUUAAUCCUAGGGUGGAUCAAAUUAGGAACCUCAAAUGACUAAGUCUUAAAAACUUCUGCAAUUAAAGUCCCACACUAUUAAUAGGUACCUAUACUAGUUCACACUUGCCAGGCUCAGCGAAUUAAUUAAUUUGCCAUAGUUUGCAUACUUAUAUUGCAAUUAUUACGAGGAACAAAUUCUUAGCCCAGAACAGAAUAAUACUAAAGCUUCGCUGUAUUUAAAUCGAUCUGCCUACCUUAGGUCUUAAUUGGCACCCUAGGGUAGAAAUAUUAAUCAGAUUCCUGAAGAUAGUGAGAGGGAGGUAAAUUAAUGUAUAGUGUACCCAAGAAGACUACGAAAAUUCUAAUAAUUGAAAUGA